UUUUUGAUUUUAUAUUUUUUUUUACCUUAGUCAUAUCCAAAAAGCGACGAAAAAAAAGAAAUAAAAUACAAUGUGCUCAUCAGCAAUUCUGCCGAAGCCGCCUUUAGACACUAUACGUAGCCUUAGUCCUAGUGGUCAUGUGGGAUUUGACUCUUUGCCGAAUCAGUUAGUUAACGGAAGCCUCCAAAAUGGUUUCGUUUUCAAUGUGAUGUGCAUUGGCGAGACAGGUUUAGGAAAAUCUACCUUAAUGAACACCUUAUUCAAUACCAGCUUUGAAUCAACGCCUUGUGAGCACACAUUGCACACUGUUAAAUUGAAGGCCCACAUGUAUGAAUUGCAAGAGAACAAUGUUAAAUUAAAACUAACCAUUUGCGAUACUUUGGGCUAUGGCGAUCAAAUUAAUAAAGCGGACUCCUUCAAGGCAGUGAUAGAUUAUAUUGACGUGCAAUUCGAGAGCUAUUUACAAGAGGAAUUAAAAAUUAAUCGUUCCUUAAAGGAUUUCCAUGACAGUCGCAUACACGCCUGUUUAUACUUUAUUUGUCCUACUGGUCAUGGAUUAAAGACAUUAGAUUUGUUAUGCAUGAAGGAAUUAGAUAGAAGAGUUAAUAUAAUACCCAUUAUAGCCAAAGCAGAUGCUAUAACGAAGAGCGACUUACAGCGUUUUAAGGCAUCCAUUAUGGAAGAGUUGAAUAAAAAUAAGGUUAACAUUUACGAAUAUCCAACGAAUGACGACGGCCAGACGGAUGUUAAUCAAAAUAUGAACAAUCAUGUACCUUUUGCAGUCGUGGGUAGCAAUGAAUUUGUUAACGUUGGCAAUAAGCAAAUGCGUGCUCGUCAAUAUCCUUGGGGAAUAGUGCAAAUUGAGAAUGAAAGUCAUUGUGACUUUGUGAAAUUACGGGAAAUGUUAAUACGUACAAAUAUGGAAGAUAUGAGAGAACAAACGCAUACCAUACAUUACGAGCUUUAUCGUCGGAAACGUUUAGGAGAAAUGGGGUUCGGGGACGUUGAAAUGAAAACUAAAGCGGUAUCUUUUCAACAAGCUUUUGAAGUGAAAAGAUCUAUACAUCUUUCUGAGUUACAGGCAAAGAAAGAAGAGGUUCUUCAAAGGCUUGAGCAGCGCCGCAUUACAAAAGAUAAUCAGCUGAAAGAAAUGCAGCUGGAAUUACAGGCAAAAUCUGAACAACUAAACAAGGAACAUGAAGACGACAAACGUAAGCUGGAGGAAGCUCGAAUUAAAUAUGAAGAAGAGUUUAUAGAUUUUAGCAACCGCAAGAUUCAAUUCAAUAGUGCCUGCCAAACCAUGACUAUGGGCAAGAGAGGCCAUAAAAAGUGACGUAUCCGAAUUAGUUAUACUACUUUAACUCGUACAUUUUCUACAGUUGUUUUUAUAGAAACAAAUAAUUAAUGAUUUUUAUUGAAUAAAC